UUGGUAACCCAUCUGCCAAAUAUACCAGUGAUGCCAAGGCAAUAUGGAAGUAUGAGAUUGACAGGAGUGCUGUCCUGGAGAGGGGCAUUGUGGCUCUCUCUGUGACCCCACCAACUGACGCUCCUGUGGGGAAAUACUCCCUGUCUGCAAUGACACAUGGUGAAACAAGAAAUCUGGGAACUUUGGUGGUGCUCUUCAACCCCUGGUGCUCUGGUGACUGGGUGUAUCUCCCUGAUGACAGAGAAAGACAAGAAUAUGUGAUGAAUGAAGAGGGAACCGUCUACACAGGAACAUCACACUACAUAGGUUCACAGCCCUGGAUCUUUGGACAGUUCGAGGAGGAAAUGGCGGACAUUUGUCUCAAGAUAUUGGAUGCCAACCUCAAACACAGAAAAGACCCAGCUGGUGACACAUCUGCUCGUUGUAACCCCGUCUAUGUUAGCCGUGUGAUCAGUGCCAUGGUCAAUUUCAAUGAUGAUGAAGGUGUACUAGUGGGACGCUGGGAUGGAAACUAUAAUGAUGGAUGCAGCCCCACCUGCUGGACUAGUAGUGUUAGCAUCCUUCAGCGCUGGUUUCAAAACCGCUGCUAUCCUGUCAAGUACGGACAGUGCUGGGUGUUCGCUGCUGUAAUGUGUACAGUGAUGCGAUUCUUUGGUAUUCCAUGCCGUGUCGUCACCAACUUUCAAUCUGCUCAUGACUCAAACAAUAGCCUCACUAUUGAUGAAUAUUAUGAUGACUAUGGAGUCCGUAGCAAGGAGGCCUCCGAAAGUGUCUGGAACUUCCAUGUGUGGGUGGAGGGAUGGAUGAAACGACCAGACCUCAUGAAAGGUGGUAUCUAUGAUGGCUGGCAGGUCUUGGAUCCCACUCCACAGGAAAAAAGUGAAGGUAUGUUCUGCUGUGGUCCAGCCCCAGUCAACGCUAUCCUACGUGGUGACACAGACGUCAAGUAUGAUGUACCAUUUGUCUACGCUGAGGUCAACGCUGACAUUGUCAAAUGGAUGAUCAGUACUAACGGUUCAAAGAAGAAAAUGUACACUGACUCCAUGUCAGUGGGUCAGAGCAUCUCUACCAAGGCUGUUGACUCCUGGAAAAGGGUUGAUAUCACUGACAGCUACAAGCACAGGGAAGGCAGCGCAGAGGAGAGAGCCAUCUUCAAACGUGCAGUCAGAUUGAACUCAAAAGAAGGUCAAGGUGACAUAGAAGAGGCACCCCAGUAUGUUGAGAUGAAAAUCAAAGAGGUAAAACUCAAAAUACAAGACUGGGAAAACUUUGUAUCAUUACAACAUGAUAUAAAUACAAGAAUGUGUGUUUGGUCAAAAUUCAUAAUGCACGACAAGUAAAAAAAACAAAACAGUUGAAACAGUGUGAAAUGGGAUGGGGCCUUUAAGGAAAUUAUCUGAGAAUUAUCUAAGAAUAGCAACUAGAAGCCUGGAAACCUGCAGACUCAUCACCAUCCUGAAUGAGGCCAAUGACGGUGGUGUCAUCU